UGGUUUAACCUAACUCACAGGUAAAAAUGUCCGCAGAGGGGGGGGGGUUUCUUUGUUAAGCAGUGACCCGACUCUGAGAGCUCUGACCCGUCCCUCAACCCCUCCCAAUCCAUCCUGCGUCUGUCUCUGUGCUGUAAAUCAGUCUCUGAACUUGAUCCACUUUUAACUGCACGUUGUCUGAGAUCUGGAUCCAGCCUGCGGGCACGUGGACUGUAUUUACGUGGGGCGCUCAGUCGGAAAUCAGUUGGCGUCGGUUAAUCUAGUGAUCGACAUGUUUGAGGGCUGACUUCUUGUCCGUGGCGUUUGUGAUGGGGGAUCUCCUUCCUGAGCGAAGCACCAUCUCUCAUGAUGACUUUACCUGGAACAGCGUGUCAGGACGUAGUGUUGGCCUGAAGUCCGUCCCCCUGCAAAGCCUCUCGGAGCUGGAGAGGGUUCGUCUCCAGGACGUUGCCUUCAGGAGAUUGCUUCGGGAUCGCGACCUAGGCUGCCACAUCACGAUUCCUAAAUAUGGCCACAAGAACAAGAAGUCACUUCGGCGGAAGUUGGAUUCAUUAUCUAAAGAGAAGAGUAAAGACAAAGAGACUAUGCCCCAGGUGUUUGGCAUACCGCUGUCGCAGGUCAUAUCCAAUGACCGCACACACAAGCAGCGGCACGAUCCCCCGCGGGAGGAGCACAGCGACCCCACUGAACUGGUGCUAUCCUUCCUCCACCUCAACUCCAGCUUCAAAAGAGGCAACAAGGAGUUCUCCAGCAGCAACUCGUCCCUCAGCUCCACUUCUGAGACGCCUAAUGAAUCACCUCUGCUCAGCACGCCAGACGCAGCCCCACGGACACGCAGGAGGGGCGGAGUAUCUGUGGAUUGCAUCACUGAUCUUGAUGAUAACCAGUCCCGGCUCUUGGAGGCCCUUCAGCUCUCUCUGCCAGUGGAGGCAGCUGGCAACAGGAAGAAGCGCCAUGACAAAAAGCUCAGCCUUAACCCCAUCUACAGGCAGGUGCCCCGCGUUGUGGAUCUCUGCUGCCAGCAUCUGGAAAAACACGGUCUACAGACGGUUGGAAUUUUCCGUGUCGGGAGUUCCAAAAAGAGAGUACGACAGCUUCGCAGGGGGUUCGAACAGGGAUGGGAGGUCCACUUGGACGAGGAGAACAGUGUUCAUGAUGUAGCUGCAUUGCUGAAAGAGUUCCUCAGAGACAUGCCUGACGCACUGCUGACAAGAGAACUCUACACAGCCUUCAUCAACACAAUGUUGCUGGAUUAUUCAGACCAAGAGCGCGCCAUCCAGCUCCUGAUAUUUCUACUUCCUCCCUGUAACAGCGACACGCUGCAGCGCCUUCUCUGCUUGUUGUCCACAGUGAGUGCACAUGCUGAAGACAGCCUGGACAAUGACGGACAGGAGAUCACCGGAAACAAGAUGACAUCACUCAAUUUAGCAACUAUCUUUGGACCCAACCUCUUACACAAGCUGAAGAACUCAGACAAAGAGUUUGCAGUUCAAAGUUUUGCCCGUGCGGAGGAGAGCACAGCCGUCAUUGGCGUGGUCCAGCGAAUGAUCAAUGCAUAUGAUUCGCUGUUUAUGGUACCUGCUGACCUGCAGAAUGAGGUGCUGAUGAGUGUGCAAGAAACUGAUCCUGAUGUUGUGGAUUAUUUACUGCGGAGGAAAGCCUCUCAAGACUCCGAGCCAGGCCUUCUUGGAGCAGAAGAGUCCUUCUCUCUGACUGAUAGAUGCUUAUCCAAUGACUCCAUCAAAGUGUCAAGUGGAGAGGUGUCUCCCUAUGACAACAACUCUCCUGUCCUGUCAGAUCGACUGCUGUGUAAAUACGCCGGGGACGAGAGUCCACCCUCAGACAGGAUCACCAGACACCGUGAACGCUACAAACUCAGCAGCCAUUCUAAAGACGGAUCUGGAAACACGUCUCCCACACUUUCUACAGAUAAAGAGGCCUCCACUGAUCAUUUCUGGGACACCUGGCAUGAACUGUUCAGCAAGGAGUUUACUGGUCGUCAUAUCACUGGCUCCCUCGGAGACGUGUCGGAAUGUGAGUCGUAUGGAUCGUCAGAGGGGCUGAGCAGUCACCAAGGUAACAACAAGCUGCCCAUCAGACCAACACAAACCUCAUUGGGUGUGCUGGGAAUGAGGCCACACCCCCCGGUGACUCGUAGCAGCAGCGGUCCUCAUGACCAAAGAGGACAGAGACAGUCUCAAACAUCAUUAUAUCAGAGACUGAGUGGCCAAUCAGGAGCCCUCAGCUCGGACAACUUAGUAGAAAGGACAGGAGGACACCCUGCAUGUCCAUUACUAAAGGUCAGGACGGAUGGUUUGUCUCCCCUUCACUUCUCUGGACAGCUGAGGGAGACACAUAUUUCUUACUCCACACCCUCCCUCUUCACGUAUCAGCCCGACCCCCAAAUGCCCCAGCAGUCCCAGCAAAGCCCCGCCCCCCAAACUGUAGACAAUGCAGAUGCCUUGGGGCCCAAACAAGAACAGGGCCCUGGUACACAGAACUGGCAGACGGAGAGGUGGCAUAUAUGGCACAUACUGUCAAAAGAAAAUGCAGACGCCCUGCCUGAAACCUUGGUGUGACGCACCUUUUGACUUUAUUGAACUUUAAGAGAAGUUCUCCUGUCACAUCAUCAGUUCCUGAAAUACUUCUAUCUGUUCGAAUAUGCAGUAAUAUUUCUAAAUGAUAGACUGAUGGAACCAACCAAUGUCAUAGAUGUUUUAUUAUUUUUCAGAUAUGUUUAACUGUACAGGUGUUAAUUUUGUUACAUAUGAAUAUGAUAUAAAAAUGGUUUAUUUUAAUGUCUUGUUGUCAUUAACUCAUAGAGAUUAUUUGCAGCACAAUCCAUCAAAAGCUAUUAUAGUAUUUAGACUUGAAUGUCAUUAUUAGACUUGAAUGAUAUUAAUGCUUAAUUUGAAGCCAUGAAUGUUUCUUGAUGUUGAAUGUAAGAAUAUAGAUGUUGUAAUAUUGCUUAAGUACCUUGAUAUGUACUGUAGCUACAGUAAUGUCACCCAUUACAUACAUCUUUAUCUUUGCACCUUCAGGGGGCGUGUUGUGUAAUACACUUUAAGUACAUCGAGAUUCAUUUUUCAA